GAGGGUUCCGACAUCGUUUUUUUUUUUCGCAGUUGGCGACUUUCAUCAUGUCGCAGGACCGGGGGAAGGAUCAGGUAGACUCGCUCACGACCGCCCGACAAGGUCAUAACACGAAGACGUUUGACUCGCCGUUCAAGGUCGACCCGACAGUUGAUGGCAAGCGGGACGACCCGGUGUGGCAUUUUGUGGCCAGAGGGCGUUAUUUGGAUGGGUCGACAGCGGCAGGCACGAAGAGCGGUCGUCGAUGCCUGUGGAGGUUGUGCGGGCGUUCGAUUUGUGGGGGCGCUAAAGCCGCCAAGGAGCACUUCUUGAAGAGCGAGAAGUCCCGAUGUGAGGUAGCCACUCCUGCUGUGUGGAAUGCAAUCUGGUCGAAGGACAUGACAAAAUGUCCAAAGGAGUUCGCGUCGGCCAUAGAAACGUUGCAGAGCCACUUGCCAGGUCAUCCGAGCUUGCAGUGGCCACCUCUUCGAUUCCCCGAGGACGCAGUGCCGCCGCUGGUUCCUCCCACCGCCCCUUCUGGAGCCGCCGCAUCGCCCAAUUCUGGGGCUCCGGCCAUUCGAGUCACAGUAUCGCGUCCUGCAACAACAGUUGCAACACGACCGGCAGCCCCGCCGUCUGCGCCGCUGGCUGGGACACGAGGUGCUCGCGAUGUGGGAGUUGGUCAUUCCACGCCAGCCAACGAGCCCCCGCCUCUGAGGGAUGGUGUGGGCUCUGCGGCAUUUGAGGAGGAGAGCACACGUGCAUUUAUUGAGAGUCACAGGUGGGGGGGGAGUGUCGGCAGUUCAGCGCCCGCGCUCGCCCCUGUUUUCAGGAGUGCUAGGCAGUCAAAUGCCGCACGGGGUGGUACUGCGGUGGCACCUGGCGCAUCACCCCGCAGUUCGUCGGAGCACCCCUGGCUGCCACCGCCACCGUCGAGAGCGGCGCAACGUCCAAUGGUCCACCACGCUAACGGAACCGCUCACCCGGAUCCGUCACACACACCUGCAGAUGCUCGACAUUCUGCUUCCGUGCCUCGUUUCGGGGAACAGGUGGAUCAUGGGGUGCCUGCCGAGGAGGUCCCCGCUCCGGUGUCCGAUUCAUCGCCGACCCCUGUUCCGACAACCACGAGCGGUGGUCGGUCUGCCCCACAGCCUCCACCCGUGUUGACCGGAACGUUAGACCCUUUGCAGCGCAUUCGUGACCUUGCAGUCGCCCAGAGCGCGACACCUGUGAGCCCUGGCGGGUUGUUGGAUGCUGGGGUCCUCGGCGGGAGAGCUACGACGGGACGAUGUCGGGGCACUUACAGGCAGCAAGCCGUCACGUCAUAUUAUUCGGACCCUUUGGAGGGAGCAUGGCAUCUGCAAAUCAUGCGGUUCAUCGUCGAGAGCGGGAUGUCGUUCAACAACACGAAGCUUGAAAGCUUCAAACGCAUGUUCACGAUGAUAAUCCCGCCGGGGGUUCCAGGGGCGCCCGCGCCUAGACUUCCCUCGUACCACAUGCUGCGCACGACCCUUUUGGACGAGCUGGAUGAGAUCGGGGUGGUGUAUGUGUCCACCGACGUCAUGCGUGGCAAAAAGGACGCCAGUGCCCUUGCGAACGCAUGGUUGAAAAGGGUGAAGUCCAUGGACGUUCAAUUGAGCGACAUCACGGCGUUCGUGACGGACUCCGCCGGGGCGAACGUCGCGGCGAUGGAGGUAUUCCAAAAAGAUGAGAGCGUGAAACACAUCUUCUGGAUUCCUUGCGUCGCCCACAUCAUAGAUCUCAUUCUCGAGGACAUCGGCGGGAUUGAUUGGGUGGCUUCUCGAAUUUCUCAAGCGAGGCUGGUUACAAGGUUCUUCAAGCGUCAUGGAAAUGCGAGAGAGGUUCUUGAGGCGCACUCGACGAAGACUCUUCUGCUACCGGCGGAGACGCGUUUCGGCACGAACGUCAUCAUGAUGGAGAGGCUGGUGGCACUGUGGGCCGCGUUGACAGAUGUUGUGGCCGACGAUCGCUGGCACGAGAAUGUUUGGUCGACCAGCAAGAUCCGCAAGGAUGCAGCGGAGGACGCUAUUGUGGAGGUGUUCCACAGGUGGCGCACCAUGUUCAAGACCCCCGCCCACACGACAGCCAUGCUGCUAGAUCCAGAGUUCCGGGACGCGACGCUUUGUGACGAUGCGGAGGUGCAACAGGCCUUGGUCGAGGCCCUUGUCCAGUUCGGCUACCCGGAGGAUUCGCCGCAGCACCGGGAGGUCCAACGAGCGGUCGCCAAGCUCCACACGAGGGAGCCCCCUUUCGAUGAGCUCACCAUGCGGCGAGCUGCGGAUAUCUUUGAUCACCCUGCCAGUUUUUGGUCCUCAAAGAAGGUGAAGUUCCCUCACACGGCCGUGUUUGCAGGCAGGAUCCUUCGUAUAUGGGCGACCGCCUCACGGUGCGAGAGAGUGUGGUCUCAUUGGAGCUUCAUUCAUUCGAAGUCUCGCAACAGGUUGGAGGUUCCCCGGGCUGAGAAGCUUGUGCGGUGCCACUGGAACCUCAGGCUACUCGAUCGACCUUCGUUGUGCGACGAUGGUGUUGGAGAGAGGCCCGACGUCUUCGGGAAAUGGGUGCAUUAUUGGAAGGUCGUGGAGGACGAGGCAGCCAUGGACCAGCAGCUCGUCAGAGGCACCGGUGUUCUGGCGAAGGUGACCGAGGAGGAGUUGAGCCUCGCCAGAGAGAUGAUGCGCGCCAUUUCUCGCAUGGGAGCCGAGCGUCGGGUGGCGGAGUCGGACAGGAGGCGACGCAGGGCUGGUGGUCGGGGACGUGGCGGCUGUGGACGAGCAGGUGUCAGAGGACGUACACGUGGCGAUGCGGGUUCCACUCCUCGGACUCGGCGACAGCGGACGGAUGGUGGCAUUCGCAGGGCCCGCAUGCGUUGGGACGAGGGUGACUUCUUGUUCGACAGCACAUCCAGCGACGACGACGAUUUCUUUGCGUCGGGAACACAUGCAUCCACGGGUGAUGAUAGAGGUGACGCUGACAACAGAGGCGAUGACAGAGGCGACGGUGAUGACAGAGGUGAUGGCGCAGGGCCCGGGGGAGGGGGAGGGGGAGGUGGAGAGGACGAGAUGGGAGAUCCUUCCAAUGGGACGCAGCGCGACCCGGUUCAUGCAGAGGAGCUAGCCUCGAACACUGAUGUGAUAGUGACGGAGGAGGAUAUAGGGUUCAGGAUCACUCAUCCCCAGUCGCCAGCGCCAGUUGUUGGCAUAGAGGAGGAGACGGAGUUCGGAGGACCCGGUCCACUCCGCCAGGCGCAGACUCGGUGCACUUCAGCAGGCGCCCCAGUCCACUCCAUAGGAGCGGGUUUGGAGGACGGCGAGGCACGACGUGAGCCGCCUCCUCACACGAGUGACGGCGGUCUAGAGGAGGGAGAGGUUGCACCCACUCCCACUUGUGGAAAGGACGGGGAGGACGAACGUCCUCCGACGGACCACCUUGUCGGCCUUGACUGCCCGCCCGACAGUCUUCCGCCCACCGACGAGCUAUUCACUAUGGAAUUCGCCUUGGCAUCUCUGCCCGAUAUAUCGCUACUGAUAUCUACCACUUUGCCGGUUGUGGCACCACCGGAGCCUGCUAGACAAGAUGACGCGCGUCGUGACAGAGGGUUCGACGAGUUCGGCGGCGACACGAUACUGCAUCCUCCAGAGUCCGGCACUCCCGCCAUUUUUCAGGUCGGUGCACCGUGGGCGGUGGAGCAGGGGUUGGCGGAGGAGUUGGCACGGAACCGUCGUGGUGGACCGCACGUCGCAGCUCAACGUAGUCUGGAAGGUUCACUAGAGGCAGCGUCUGGAGGUUUUUUGGCGCAGGGGGGUCAUGGUUCGCAGCUGUUAUCGGACGACGUGUCAUUAGUCCAUCCACCAGAGGAGGGCCCGCAGCAAGAGCCACAUCGAGGGCCAGCGGAGACUUUAGAGGCGAGGCCUCCCGGAGUUAUCCGCUCGGACGGAGGUGAGGGCGUGAGCGAGGAUACAGCGCAGCCAGGGAGCGCAGAUGGUGGACGGUCCUUCAGGGGGGGCAUUGAGCGCAGAGGGUCAUCGACCUCACACCCCAGCAUUGUCAGGCCCAGCACACAUGAUGUUGGAGACGGGCACACAGAUGAGCCUCAACCGCAUUUGACAGGGAUGCGUGACAUUAUGUGUCCACCACCCUCACGCCCCUCUGCCGCUGAUCCUGUCGCCCACGGGCAGGCCACGCCGAGCGCAUUGCCUACGAGGUCUUUCUACGACGGUGCGGGCAUGGACCGGAGGGCAGGCGAUAUCGGACAGACAUCAGCAUAUGGACCGGCAGAUGUGCCCGCGGGGGCGCGAUCGAUCGGCAACGUCGAUGGCACUUGUCAUGAUUCCAUGAGAGCUUACGAGGAGCAGCAUGGGAGGCCUAUACGGGCCAAGACGAGCGAUGUCAACGACACCAGGACGACAACUGCGAGGCUGUCACGGGCGAGGAAGAAGGGAACAGUUGCGGUAAUUCGGGAAGCAUAGGAAUAGGUUAGGACUUUCCUAAUGACCAAUUAAGGAACUACUCAGGCAACACGCCACCACAGAGGUCCUACAAAUGCUAAGAACCCCUCAAAAUCCCUAACAAACAUUUCCAAAGCUC